UUGCCCUUCCUCCUCUUCUUUGUUCUUCUUUCCCGUAAUGGUCCUGUCUAUAUUUGUGUCUUCCUUUCCCCGACCCCCCUUGUUCCUCUUUUCAACUGAUAAGUCUCUUUCGUUCAUUCUCCCGGAGAGUUCUUUAUUCCCAGAAUAGCCCCACAGACCAACCACGCAAAUGGAUGCUUCUAACAACUGGCUCGCCUUCUCCCUCUCGCACCAUCCAGGUCUCUUCGAAGCCUUCUCCGCGACCUCUCACCACGGUGGACAGGAGCGGGCGGAGGAGGGCUGCUGCGCCGCUGGAGGCAACCUAACGAUGCUGGCGGCGGAGGGGCCGAAGCUAGAGGACUUUCUCGGCGGCUGUGGAGGGUUUUCCAGCAGCGACGCGGCUGCGGCGGAGACGGGUACCCACGGGGGUUGCGACUCCGACCUCAGGAGCAUCGCCGCGGGAUUCAUGCAGGGUUUCCCGGCUGAGCGGCCGGAUUCCUUGGCUACCGCGACGUCCGUGACGGCGGAGCCGAGGAGGGCGUCUGAGACCUUCGGGCAGAGAACCUCCAUCUACCGUGGAGUCACCAAGCAUCGCUGGACGGGAAGAUACGAGGCGCAUCUCUGGGACAACAGCUGCCGCCGGGAAGGGCAGAGCCGGAAAGGCCGCCAAGUUUACUUGGGCGGGUAUGACCAGGAGGAGAAGGCGGCCAGGGCGUACGAUUUAGCAGCUCUCAAGUACUGGGGUCCCAACACCACCACCAACUUCCCGGUGUCGAACUACGAGAAGCAGCUGGAAGAGAUGAAGAAUAUGACACGUCAGGAGUUCGUCGCAUCCCUCAGAAGAAAGAGUAGUGGGUUCUCCAGAGGAGCCUCCAUGUAUAGAGGAGUCACUAGACACCACCAGCAUGGCCGAUGGCAGGCGAGAAUUGGGAGAGUAGCUGGCAACAAAGAUCUAUAUCUGGGAACUUUUAGUACACAAGAGGAAGCUGCAGAGGCCUAUGACAUUGCAGCAAUCAAGUUUCGGGGACUCAAUGCCGUGACAAACUUCGACAUGAGCCGGUAUGACGUUGAGAGCAUCAUAAACAGCGACCUCCCCAUUGGUGGGGUAUCUAGCAAGGCCUUCAAGGCCUCGGAUUCAUCAUCAACAUCCUCCAACUCCAAUGCCAGGCACCAAACUGGUGGCGGGGACGCCAUAGCCCUGCCCUCGGAACAGGACCAAGACUAUUGGUCUUUACUAGCUCUCCACCAGCAGCAGCAGCAUAGAAAUCUGGUGUCGGGUUUUGAAGUGUUUGGUUCUGGUGUUAAUAUGGAUUUCUCUGCUGCUGCUUCUGUUGGUGGUAUAGGUCAAGGAAGAGUGGGGACCGUUGUGUGGAAUGGUGGGAUGGUUCAACAGCAAGAGCCAAGCCAGAGCAGGAGUAGUUCUGUUCCUUUUGCUCCUCCUGUUUCUUUUGGAAUGGGCUACGAGAAUUCCGGUUAUGUGGGGGCGACUUGGGUCACGCCAUCCUACUAUUACCAGCAGGGUGCAAAGCCUACUGUGGCAGCCUUACGUACAGCCCUUUACGGGAUGGAAUGAUGUGAAUGAGUGGGAGAAUGAGGACACACUGCAUUAGCAUGCAGAAAGAAAAAGAGACGCUGAUAGAUAAAUAGAUGGAGAGAGAGAGGGAGGGAGGGAGAGAGAGAGAGAGAUGAUUUGAACUGACAAGGAAAGAAGGAAUAGGAAGACUGAUGGUGGACUAACAUGAAUCUGAAGUUUUACUCAUGGUCAUGUUCUUUUCCUUUGCCAUUCUUUUCCUGACAUGAUUCUAUUCUAUCAUCAUCAGUUUAGUAUCAACAGGAGACCUUUAAUGUCUUUUCCUUUCGGCCAACUUAUGCUUAUCUUGUAUUCAGCGACUUGAAGAAAACCCAUCUAAGAUUUCUUGUACGCAUGUUUUUAAAUAUCUGAUAUUUGAAACUCUGUUUCAGUUCU